AUGCUGUCAGCCCUAGCGCUGGUGGCCCUCGCGGCGCCAAUACUCUAUCCGGAGCCUCGCGUGUGCGAUUCCUACGUUGAGCGUGGAGUGUGGUACUCGUCCGAGGGGUGGGUGAACAUCCUCAAGACCAAGAGCACGGUCGCAGCCUGUGCCAAGGCGUGUGCCGAGGAUGAGAGGUGUAGCUACUGGACCUUGCAGCUAACAGGCCGCCGGGAGUGCCACUUAAUGGAGCUUCGGGUCGGCUCACCACACCCUUCACAGGGCGACGUCCACGGCGCCUGCACCAAUCCUGCUGAUCUGCCUGAGCCGUCGCCGAAUGGGCUCGGCUCACAGGAAAUGCAUGUCGCCUUCCUGACACUCGGCACCGACUUUGAAACGUACGUGAAGCGAGCGCUCGCAACCGUGCGUAAUAUUGAGGCUCGGAGCGAGAUAUCGGCCACGACGCCGGGCAACGGCAAGAUUUUCAUGUACAAGCCGAUUCUGCAUCAAAUCCUGCCGAUUUGGGUCCCGAGGGCCGUUGUCCUCGACACCGACGUCUACUUCGUGUCAGAUAUUGCCGGGCUCUGGGCGCAGUUCGACUCAUUUGCAGCGCGAGCCGUGAUCGGCGUCGCCGAGGAGCAAUGCCAAUCGUAUGCUGAGGUGCUCGCACGCGGCGGCCAUCGCAUCAAUGGGGGCGUGCAGCUGCACGAGCUGGACCGCAUGCGACACUCCCGCCGAUACGCCGACGUCCUCGCGCGCAUUGCGGACAAGACCCUGCCGCCGCUUUCGGAGCGCGGUGAGCUUGGCAGCCUCGGCGAUCAGAGCAUGUACGCGUGGAUGAGCAUCUACGGCCGCGACCUGCUGCAUCUGCUGCCGUGCGGGUGGAAUCGGCAGACGGGCGGCCUCAUCGGCUUGCCGGGCUUCUGGGCGGCCAAUCGGUGCGAGUCGCCGUGCAUGCUCGUGCACGGCAACCACGGCGAGCACAAAGACUUGAUGGAGGCGCUCAAGGCGGACCCGACGGGCUCGAUGUGCAAGAGCACGGUGCGGCGAUUCCGCACGACCCAGCAAUUCUUCAAGUCGGGCGACCACGCGCGCAUGCUCGAGAUGCUCGAGGAGCAGUGCUGCCCAGGGUCGAUACCUCGACGAGAUCUGUGA